AUGGCCGGCAGGUUCUACGACGAUGAUCGGGCAUACUACCAUACCCACUCCUUGAAUACCGUCCACGGUCGGGCGCAAUCCGUCCAGGUUUCACGAUCGGACCAUCGCACUUCCCGCAGCUUCGGCCGUGACAGACGGCGAAGCUACCCUACACGGGCCUUUGUCGAGGACGAAGCUUCGGCUCUGGCGAGGGAAUAUAACCCUAGCGUGAUCGACUCCGCGAGCGUAACCACCGAUGAGGAGCCCAAGUACCGCGGUGCCGUCGAUCAGGUGCCGCUCUUUGACCCUGUUCACGAAAACAACCCAGAGCGCCGGUUUGUGAUUCUGCCAAAGUCUGGCGACGGGGCGCAGAGCAAUGUCGCGUCAGACCACGAUCAACCGUCGGACAAGCCGAACGAGUAUGAAGCGAAUACGUGUCGCAAGUUCACCGUGCCACGCGUGGACGGUGACUCAGUGCCAUCUGAUGACGCGAAGACUUCUAAAGCAGCCGUAGCUGGUGCGGCAGCAGCAGCAGCAGCGGCAGCAGCAGCGACGGUGGCGACAGCGAAAUUGACAACGACAUCGGCAGAAACAGCUUCUACGACCCAACCUACCAUCCAGAGGCGGAAGAGUCGCCUUGAUCUGCCAAGGAUCGACACAGAGAUGGACGAGGAAAGAUUAUCCGGUCCACCACGGCCAAAAUUUGCGGCCUACACAGAUCAAAAGCACCACCGGCAGACAGAUUAUGACUUAUCGGAGCAGCACAAUAGUGCCUUCUUGUCUCCAUCCAUCACGAAGCAUGCUACCAAAGGCCGUGAUCGCACCUAUUAUGGCCAGGACAACAUCAGUAGCUCUGCCACGCGCGCACGAUCUGGAGACACCCGUGUAGCAGACGAUAGACGAACAAAUGGCAGCUCUCCCGACACCAAGUACAGGCGUCGUUCUUCUUCCUUCAACGAUACAGAAAAGCCUUCGAGGCGGCUGUCUUUCACCCGUACGUCGCGGGCCGAAGAGCUUAGCACUUGCACCAGGCGGAACUCGCCUUCGCCGCCGCCGAAGGAGCGCAGGGCUGAGGGCACAUCGCCAAUUCGGGAAUGCGAGCGGGAAAGUGAGCGAGAGCGCGAGCGAGAGCGUGAGCGUGAAAAGGAACGGGCAAAAGAACGAGACCGUGAACGGGAACGAGAACGAGAACGAGAGCGAGAGCGAGAGCGCAACCGUGACUGGGAACGAGGACACCGGGAACGAGAACGACGUGACUAUGAUUCGGACCGUGACCGACGUGGUCUUGGCCGGCGCAAUUCGGCUUAUAGGAAGCAUCGAGAUGCGGCGGGACGAUUAGACGUGGAGGAUGACAAGAUCAAAUCAGCUUCCACCCCGGCGUUGCGUCGUCAGCCCAGCGAUCGCCGUAAAGGACCGCGCAAGGAUGAGGAUGCAUCGAGUGGCUCAGACACGCGAAGGCUAGCUGUGGCGGCUGCGAUCAUCGGCGGUGUCAGUAGCAGUGCUCGAUACAAGUCUGUGGGAGGCACGCCGAUUUCUACCCCCAGGAUCUCACAGGCACAUAUUCCGCCUGUUGUGGUGGGCUCUAUACCGAGUGAAUUAUGUGAGCCGACGGCAUCACCUUCCCCGAGGUCUCCUACGAGGCCACUACGUGAGGAGCGAAAGAGAAACGAGGACAGGAAGCACGGCUCAUCUUCGGCUAGCUCGUCACCCGAAAGCCUUGCCAGGAUUCUGGAUACAGACAGGCCGAGAGGCCCCCGACAGGCCCGGAUGCCAAAUGUGAUCCACAAUCCUAUAAGCUACGAAUCGCGGGCGGGCACGCUGUCUAUGCCACCGCCCAAGUCUACUACCUUUCCGAUACGCGGACACAGCUCUGUCAGGGUUGUUGAUGGGGGCCACCGCCACGAGCGAUCGUCUUCUGAAGCGCGCCGUCUGCAUGGGCCGCAGCUGGCAAACCCGGCACGGGCGUCAGGAUUGUUUGACUACCCUCUGUCUUCUUCCCAGACCGGCCGUACGCCUGCAAUCUAUGUGAAUAUUACGAAUGGCCAUUUGGAGGACAGGCCGCAGAGUCGGCUAUCCGAACAGGCUCUAGACUGGCAAUCUGACAGCCAGCCGAGCCGAGCGCUAGAGAGGCAUCCGGAGCCUGCCCUUGGAACGUACCGGCAGCAUGCAUACGAUCUGCCCGAGUGCCCUAGGCAAGCUUUUAGCUCUAGACACCACGACUGGCGGGCGUUGGCCCAGUUCCCGGAUUUCUUCAUAUGCCCAACCUGCUACGAGGCUGCAUUUGCCAGCGGCUCUUACCGGAAUGAGUUUGUCCCGACUUCCAUCUACAACCGGGAGUCGAGAGUGCGGUGCACGUUCGGCUCGCUGCACUGGUACAAAGUUGCACUUUACCUCAACAACAAAUACCAGCUACCAAGCCUGAGUCUUGUCAAAGUUCUGUUUGACAACGAUGAGCAGCUGCGGCUUCCCUGUCCUGGCUCGAGGCAUGUGACGGGCGAUUGGUCGACUAUUUUGGACCCAUUCACGGGCAAGCCUGUGCCGGAUUUUUCGGUGUGUCAGCAGUGCGCGUCUGCUGUGCGGGUGCUGUUCCCGUGGCUCAGAAGGCUCUUACAGGUUGGUGAGCCAUACAGCCGUGACGUGGGCGCCGUUUGUGCACUAUACCACGAGCCAGACAGAAAGCGGCUUUGGAAGUACAUUGAGGUGUUUGAGAAGUCCAAUGAACUGGCCGAAGCGACAAAUUUGCCGCCGGAUGUCGAGGGUAUCGUCAACAAGCUGCUGGCGAUUAACUUCACGGACGAGUGCAAACGAGACAUUCCGGUUCGCGGCCGAAAGUGGUAUUGGAUGCGCUCGCUUCCGGAUUUUGUCGUCUGUGAGGAGUGCUUUGACGAGUUUGUGUACCCAAAGGUCAACAUGUACCGCGCAGUGGCAGGCGAUUUCUAUAAGGAACCAAAGGAGAUUACGUUAGCGGCGUGUCAUCUGUACUCGCAACGGAUGCGGGCCAUAUUCUUGGAAGCGUGCAAGAACAGUGACAAGGCAUUUCUGGAAGCGAAGCUGGAAGAGCGGGACCGAGUUGCGAAAGACGUGACAAACCGGCUGGGCCGGAUUUCGAAGCUGGACCACCUGGAGGAGGAGAGAGAGACAAACCAGCUACUAGAUAUGUGGAGGAAGUGGGAAUAA